CACAGGGGUCACAGACAAUAUUUCCAGCCAGGAUGGAGAAAAGACAGCUCAUAAGCCUACAUUCAGUACCCUUGGGGUGACAAAUCCUACCAAUGAAAAUGAGUAUGCUCACAGCGAGUCAUCAGAGACCACCACCAGCUCCGUCCAUCAACAAAAAUCAACCAGAGCUCGAGACCUGUCAGAGAAAGCAGAAAGAAGAAAGCUUGAAGUGGAGAGGAAGAGGAGAGAACGCGAGGAGCAGCAGCGGCUGGAGAAAGAGCAACAAGAGAGAGUGGAAAGGAUGAAGGAAGAGCUCGAAGAGGAGCAGCGGCGCCGAGCAGAGGAAACACGAAAUCGGAAGCAGCAGGAGGAAGAAGAGAGACAGCGCCAGGAGCUGGAUAGGGCUCGGAGGAUGCAGCUGGAACAGCAAGCACUAGAGAGAGCACGACUGCAGCAAGAGGAAUAUCGGAGGAAACUGCAAGACAUUCAGAGGCGGAAACAGCAGGAAGAAUUGGAGAGACAGGCACUGGAACGCCAGAGACAACAAGAACAGGAGCGCUUAGAUGCAGAAGAACGUAUGCAUCUUUUAGAAAUGGCAGCAGAAGAACGUGAAGAAUACCAUAGGAAGAAACGGGAAAGAGAGGAACAAGCCAGUCAAGAGGCAGAACGUCAAAGGCUGAUUGCAGAGGCAGAAGCCAAGGCAAUAAUGGAAGAAGCUCAAAGACAAGCUCAUCUAUUGGCAAGGCAGACAGCAGCUCUGGAGCAACAACUGCGGUUUAACACAGGACUGAUGAAGGAGUCUAUUGGCAUGGAUCAGACCCAGGGUGUCUCCAGACCAUGGGUGUUCUCUUACUUUGAGUUAUUGGAACUACUUGGGCUGCCACUCCCUGUGGAAGGAGAGUUAGCUUAGAAAGUUUUGCUUUAACAAAGACAAUAUGUAAACUAGCAAAGAAAGCAAAAUA